CCUGCAAGCGGCGCCCCGUCCCCUGCCACCGGGCAGGCCUCGCUGGUGCCCACGGACAGGGAUCAGCGCGCCUCCCAAGCGGCUGAGAGAGACGCUGAGUCAGGACGAGGGAAGGCCGGCUAGUCAGCAGUCUUGUAGAAUCACCUAGGAAGAGAAGUUCUAAAGCAGUUAAGAAGAAAGCAUUUCAAUUUGGGACACUUAUUUGCAGCUGGAAAUGGGGAAUGGACUAUCAGACCAGACUUCUAUCCUGUCCAGCCUGCCUUCAUUUCAGUCCUUCCACAUUGUUAUUCUGGGUUUGGACUGUGCUGGAAAGACAACUGUCUUAUACAGGCUGCAGUUCAAUGAAUUCGUGAAUACCGUACCUACCAAAGGAUUUAACACUGAGAAAAUUAAGGUAACCUUGGGAAAUUCAAAAACAGUCACUUUUCACUUCUGGGAUGUAGGUGGUCAGGAGAAGUUAAGGCCACUGUGGAAGUCAUAUACCAGAUGCACAGAUGGCAUUGUGUUUGUUGUGGACUCUGUGGAUGUCGAAAGGAUGGAAGAAGCCAAAACCGAACUUCAUAAAAUCACUAGGAUAUCAGAAAAUCAAGGAGUUCCUGUACUUAUAGUUGCUAACAAACAAGACCUCAGGAACUCAUUGUCUCUCUCAGAAAUUGAGAAAUUGUUAGCAAUGGGUGAACUGAGCUCAUCAACCCCGUGGCAUUUGCAGCCUUCCUGUGCAAUCAUAGGAGAUGGACUAAAAGAAGGACUUGAGAAACUACAUGAUAUGAUAAUUAAAAGAAGAAAAAUGUUGCGACAACAGAAAAAGAAAAGAUGAAUAUUGAUACCUUUUAUGUCUGUGUGGAGUAGGGUUUCACUGGUCUGAUUUUGACAAACGGGAGUUUCUGCAGCCUGGUUUGCCUCUCUGCCCUUCUGGAUGCUAUUAAAGCUUUGUUUUGUUGAAUAAUGAGAUACCCAACUCUGUUGCCUUGUAGAAGAUGAGUAAAUGCAAUGCUUCUAAAGUGGUCUCUUCUCCCCACCCCACAAAUCUUUUGGUACUACUGUUUUGGAAACCAAGCAAGGAUAGUAAAUUGACCAGAAAACACUGUGGCAAUUUGACCUGCAGUUAGUGAAAUAAAACUUUGAAGAGUGUCUGCCUAGUGUUUUGUGCUUAUGUCUUUCAGGGGGUGGGCGGGAAGCUUUUGCAAGGAAACUGCAUACAAGGCUUUGUAUGUUAAGAUAAAAUGCUAAUGAAUGGAAAUGUUAAGAUAGAUUAAUAUAUAUACAGUUAUAUUGAUCACAUUGGUCCAAACAGUCCUUUUCUAAUGUAAGGGACAAGGAGGAAGUGUUUGUUUUUUUAAGUUUUGGUCAAAUGAUUUUUGACAUUUUCUGGAAUCAAAUAAUUUAAUGCAAUAUCUUAAUUCGAGUCAAUGUUUAAUAUUAAGUUGGUCUAAUUUUAAUGAAAAUAAGGUAUUUGGGAUUUAUUCAAGUGCAUGGAUUAGUUUUCCUGACAAAGCAUGUUUUGGUGUGUAGUCUUACUUUUUAGAAAUAGCUAUGCAUCUUUCUACACAGGUCUUUAAAACAACUUUUUUGGGACUUAGGGCUGUCAUAGAAAUAGUUUGUUGUCAGAAGCACUUUCACUUGAACCUAAAAUGAUUUACUUGAUUAUCUUACAUAGUAAAUAUGGGCAUGUAGAUUAAACACAUAUGCUUGGAUACAUGUAUUGAUUUAUGAAGAAAGCAAGUGAUGAAUUCAGUCAAAAAAAUACAAUACACAGUCUAAAAUAUUUCAGUUUAUAAGAUUUUGUUCUAUUAAUAUUUGCUGGCUGAAAAUGUGGGUUUUCGUAUAUUUUUGUAGUGUUUCGGGAAGAGCAAAAGCUUUAUAAACAACAUUUGAUGUGCUGUGGAAUGAAAAUGUAAAAGAUACCCUAUAUGUAUUCUGAGCUUUAAUUUUUUGUUUACAAACUAAACAGUGUUACACGGGCUGACCAGUCCUGAUUAUAGGAAGGAAGAGAUGGUACAGUACUGCAGAUAAGAAUUACAAUUAUAGAAUAUGAAGGGGAAAGUAGCAAAGCUGUUUUAUGAUAAUUCACUAGUGCUGUUUACAUUGAAAUAAAGAAAAAAACCCUCUAAA